CGGCGGCGGGUCCCGGUGUGUCGCGGUCCGCGCGCCUGCGGCCGCCCUCUUUGGAAACGGGAGGGGCGGACGGAGGAAGCGCGGGCCCGGCGGAAGCCAUGUUUGUGGCGCGCAGCAUCGCGGCGGACCACAAGGACCUCAUCCAUGAUGUCUCUUUCGACUUCCACGGGCGGCGGAUGGCGACCUGCUCCAGCGACCAAAGCGUCAAGGUCUGGGAUAAAAGUGAAAGUGGAGAUUGGCAUUGUACUGCUAGCUGGAAGACACAUAGUGGAUCUGUGUGGCGUGUGACGUGGGCCCACCCUGAAUUUGGACAAGUUUUGGCUUCCUGUUCUUUUGACCGAACAGCUGCUGUGUGGGAAGAAAUAGUAGGAGAAUCAAAUGAUAAACUGCGAGGACAGAGUCACUGGGUUAAGAGGACAACUCUAGUGGAUAGCAGAACAUCUGUUACCGAUGUGAAAUUUGCUCCCAAGCAUAUGGGUCUUAUGUUAGCAACCUGUUCAGCAGAUGGUAUAGUAAGAAUAUAUGAGGCACCAGAUGUCAUGAAUCUCAGCCAGUGGUCUCUGCAGCACGAGAUCUCAUGUAAGCUAAGCUGUAGUUGUAUUUCUUGGAACCCUUCAAGCUCUCGUGCUCAUUCCCCCAUGAUAGCCGUAGGAAGUGAUGACAGUAGUCCAAAUGCAAUGGCCAAGGUUCAGAUUUUCGAAUAUAAUGAAAACACCAGGAAAUAUGCAAAAGCUGAAACCCUCAUGACAGUCACAGAUCCUGUCCAUGAUAUUUCAUUUGCUCCAAACUUGGGAAGAUCUUUCCAUAUUCUCGCUAUAGCAACUAAAGAUGUGAGAAUUUUUACUUUAAAGCCUGUGAGGAAAGAACUUUCUUCCUCUGGUGGGCCAACAAAAUUUGAAAUCCAUAUAGUGGCUCAGUUUGAUAAUCAUAACUCUCAGGUCUGGCGAGUGAGUUGGAAUAUAACAGGAACAGUGUUAGCAUCUUCAGGAGAUGAUGGCUGUGUAAGACUGUGGAAAGCUAAUUAUAUGGACAAUUGGAAGUGUACUGGUAUUUUGAAAGGUAAUGGGAGCCCUGUCAAUGGGAGUUCUCAGCAGGGAAACUCAAAUCCUUCCCUAAGUUCAAAUAUCCCAAAUCUUCAAAAUUCAUUAAAUGGAUCUUCUGUUGGCAGAAAGCACAGCUGAGUACCAGCUAACUGGAGUAACUUUGCUGUUUUGCUGCUUGUUGCAUGCACACAGGAAUGGAAAGCGAGCUCCUUUUCCCCUUCCCCAGCGCCGUUUGACCUCUCCCAAGAUACACCAGCAGCCUGCUUACUACUAAACGCAAUCCAAAAGGCCUUUAAAAAUACAGUGUAUAUCAUUUUUUUUUGUACUAGCCAGUUUAUUGACACUAUUUGAAACUUUUGAAAUAUAAAUGGAGAGGCUUUUUGUUGAGACAUUGUCACCAAAACAAUUUUUUGAAAGUUCCUGAAACUAACAUGGGUUUUAAAAUUAAAGGGAUUGUUACCAUCCUUACAAGUAGUUGGGAGGAGGGAAACUAUCACUUUAUUCCAUUUGGAGAGUAUAGGCUUAUUUCAUUUGUUUUUUAAAACAAGAAGCUACAAUGAUGAAUUUUUGUAAUUUUAAUUUGAAGAUUAACUAUUUUUCAUAAAGAUUGUUUUGAGUGCUAAUUUGUUUACCUUUUGUAGAAUUGGUUUAUACAUGAUAUUAUUCAGUACAACUGUCAUUUCUUUGUAAUAUUAAAAAAUAUUAGUAAAGGAGUGAGAGAAGUAGUAAUAAAAUGAAAGUAAUUUGACUGUACAAUUUGUAGCUAAAGUAAACUUUUGGUAUUGCUUCAUUUAUAAUUUGGUAGUAAAAUGAAAACACCUUUGUAAGUUUUCAAUUCAUAUUCACUAAGAGAUAAACAUUUCUAAUAUAUGCUGUGUAUUAUUAUGGUGUGAUUCCAUGGCUGAAAGUUUCCUUCAAGUAAAAAUUUGGAUACAUACAUAAGAGAAGCAGUUAAAAUUUUGCUAAAAUUGUGCAUGCACAUUAACCUCCACAUUCCAUGUCCCAGGAUUUUCUUAAUUUAGUUGGCUGCUUCAUUUAGUUCAUAUCCUCUAGAACUCUGACUUUGAUUACAAAGCUGUAAAUCUUUGUUUGCUAAAAUGCAUAAGUGUUACGGGUAAGUUAUAAAAUGGCAGAAGAAUAACAAUAGGACAUAUUAUUUGAGCCCUUUUACUUAUUAAAAUUUUGUACUAUUCUAAGGUUUUUGCAGAAAAACAGCUUAGUAUAUUCAAGGAUUGUAUUUCUUUGAAAGUAUGUUGCAAUAGCUGACCAUACUGUGUGAAAAUAUUUGAAUUGGUUCUCAGUAUCAUGUACACCUAAAAAACUGUGUGCCUGCUGCUACUACAAAUGAAUCAUUGCUUAAAAUAAAGAAAAAAACUUGUUAGAUUUGUAAAUUUACAGGAUAGCAUCAAAUAUGUUUCUGAGAGAUUAGAAAAUGUUUUAAAUUAUAAAAUUAAUGUCUUGUUUUAUAACAUUUAUAUUGAUAAUUUUUUUAACAUUUUAAGUUUAACAGAUUGUAUUUCUUUCAAGUUUCCACACUUGCUUAAGCAAGCUUGAUUUGAGUAAGGGUCUUGAUUUUUGCUAUUAUGUUCUAUUAGUUUUGGCAUGAAUAUACUAAAGCUUUUUUUUCCAGCAUGUGGUUUCUCCUCUUUGGUUCUCUUUGUAUUUACUACUUUUCUCUUUUUCUUCUGUUUUUUUUUUUUUUUUCUGUUGUUUUGUUUUGUUUUGGUGUUUUGUUCCUGUCUUCAUUGUUUCAGGUAUUUCUUUCCCCCUCUGGAUUCCCCACGGGCUGGAUCGAGAUGGUCCAGUUAUGCCCAGCUCCUUCCUCCUCCUCCUCCUCCUCCUCUGGUAGAGCACUCUUGCGAUGCUGACACUGCCAACCUCCAGUAUCCUCAC